AUGUCACGACAGUUGUCUCGAUCCUCGCUUUCCCGGCAUAACUCCGGUCGUACCUCGCCUGUAUCGAAUAACUCGGCAUUCAGCAAUGGUCCUAUGUCCUUUUCCCGACGUUAUUCCGCAGGUGAUAGCUCCGACGAGGAGGUGCCUGAACCCAAGUUCAGCGCCUCCGUCAAGGCAUUGUUGGAAGGAGACGCUCUGAGUUUGGAUACUUCUCCACGCCAGGAGACCAGCGCCAAAAGAAACAGCUUUCUUGAAAAGGAUCAUGGUUCUUUCUCAAUGGCUGCUAGACCGGAAAGACACGUUCGAGUUGCUUCUCCUCAUGAGCAGUCUACCGGCAGUCCUGCCCCGCGAGUAGUGCGAGUUGGAUCUGUGCGAGUGGCUUCGAAAGAAGAAGGCGCAGAAUCAGACUGGAGGGAGCGCUCGAAUGACUUUAUUACCCCGGCGCCACGAACACGCAGUGUCCGAAUUACUGGGUCAAGAAGUAGCACACGUUCGCCGUCGUCGAUAUCACCAACUCAGAAGCGGUCUUCCGAGAAAGACAGCUUAGGCCACAUGAACGGUUCAGAGUUCUCCAGCGACGAGAAAAGGGCUCGUACGGAUGAAGAAUACGCUCCACGAUUGGGUACUGCGUCAGUACUCCGGACACGCCCUGGGGAAGAGCCUGGCUUGCAUAGUUCACUCCGUGUCAAAAGAGUUGGGAGACUCACCGGCUCAUUCCUCAAUGGACCUGCCAGGAGAGGAGUCCUGCGAAGACAGAGUGAGGAAAACAAUGAGCCCGCACCAGAUGAAAAGGAAACUCCAGACAGAGAGUCCGGUUCUCCGAAUACAAACAAGGAUGAAGUCGGCUCCUCUGAGCAACCUGCCAAAACCUCUACAUCACCAAGAUUAAGAUUGAUCGACCCCGAAGAGAAGCCUGGAUCAACUGCUCCAGAGUCAAACGACGGACCAUUUUCAGGACAGUCCUAUGGAUCGCAAUCUCGAUCCACCCCGGGGACAGCUUCCGAUGGCUCCUCAAAAUCAGCAAGAGCAAGCGCGCAGCCCGUAUAUAGAGUUCCCCCUCUACCAUCCAUGCCCGCCACAGAAGAUCCAGAAAACGAUCCGCCGCCUACAUUCAAGAAAGUUAAGUCUUCAGGUUUCAGCCUCUUGAAUAAACCUGAAAAGUUUUCUGUCAUAUAUGAUGAUGACAAAAAGCCUUCCGAUGAACCUCCGGCCACCGUCUCGCCCCGAAAGCCCCUAUCUACGCGAAGUAGCAACACUCCGCAUCGAGCGGCGCCGCCUCCACCACCCAAGAUGUCGGUACUGGAGACGGCAACAGCAACGGGAGGUGCAGCGACGACGGCAUCGCAGUCUCGCAAGAAGCGGAACCAGGUGUCAAUCAACCACAAAGUGUUUACCCGCUUGGAUUGCAUUGGGCGGGGUGGGAGUUCGCGUGUCUACCGGGUGAUGGCAGAAAACUAUAAGAUCUUCGCCCUCAAACGGGUAAAUCUGGAGGAUGUUGACCCCCUCACUUUGGCCGGUUAUAAGGGCGAAAUCGAUCUGCUUAAGAAGCUCGAAAACGUUGAUCGAGUAGUUAGGCUCUUCGAUUGGGAAAUCAACUCCGAGAAGCACACUCUCAGUGUUCUCAUGGAAAUCGGCGAGUCGGAUCUGGAAAAGAUCCUGACGUAUCGCCUCAAUGCGGAAGAUGCCGUCUUCGACAUAAGCUUCACUCGGUACUACUGGAAGGAAAUGCUGGAGUGUGUCCAGGCCGUCCACAAGUUCAACAUCGUGCACUCCGACUUGAAGCCGGCGAACUUUCUUCUUGUUCAAGGCCGACUGAAGCUGAUUGACUUUGGCAUUGCAAAUGCAAUCCAAGACAACACUGUGAAUGUGCAUCGCGAGCAGCAAGUUGGAACGCCUAACUACAUGUCUCCGGAAGCCCUGAUCGACUCCAACGCCGCCCUGGGUCUGCCGGCAAGCGUGGGGAAGAUGAUGAAAUUGGGUAAACCCAGUGACGUGUGGAGUCUUGGAUGCAUCCUGUACAAGAUGGUUUAUGGGCAGCCGCCAUUCGCCCGGAUCGCAAAAUACUAUGAACGGAUCAUGGCGAUUCCCAAUCCCAAAGUUGCGAUCGAGUUUCCGGCCUUUGCCAUUGGAGGGGUGACUGUUCCUCCGGGGCUAAUGCGCACCAUGAAACGGUGUCUGCAACGGGAUCAGACACUUCGCCCGACGGUGGAGGAGCUUCUUAGCGACCGGGAUCCAUUCCUGUAUCCUGAGGCGCAGCUGGAAGGAACCGUCCCUGUUUCUCAGGAGAUGUUGAGCCGGAUCUUGACGAACGUAGUGAAUCACUGUCGGAUCCGUGGCAUCCCCAAGGACGAAGAAGUCGCUGCAUGGCCAGCCGGGUUUUUCACGAAGAUCAAAGCUGCACUUGAAGACGACCAAAACCGUUAA